AAGAUGGCGACUCGAGUCCUUCACAGGAUAAGCCAUGGCUUGGAUCGGGCAAGAAACGGCGUCCAGUCGCCAGGUCAGCUCUUCAUUUGGAGCAGGGGAUUUUCAACUUCAAGUACCAGAAACAGAGAUGACAGCUGGUUCAAGUCACUAUUUGUGAGGAAAGUUGAUCCACGGAAAGAUGCACACUCCAACCUGUUGACCAAAAACGAGGAGAGCAACCUGUACAAAAUUCAGUUCCAUAAUGUCAAGCCAGAGUGCCUGGAUGCAUACAACAAUCUCUGUGAAGAAGUUUUGCCAUCCAUCCAUGCUGAUAAGUACUACCCCUGUGAGCUCGUUGGCACCUGGAAUACCUGGUAUGGAGAGCAAGACCAGGCUGUUCAUUUGUGGCGGUACAGAGGCGGUUACCCAGCUCUCACUGAGGUGAUGAACAAGCUGAGGCAGAAUAAGGAGUUUAUGGGGUACAGGAAGGAACGGGGCGAGAUGCUGCUGUCUCGUAGGAACCAACUUCUUUUGGAGUUCAGUUUCUGGAAUGAGCCCGUACCCCGAGAGGGCCCCAACAUCUAUGAGCUCAGGUCCUACCAGCUCAGGCCAGGAACCAUGAUAGAGUGGGGUAAUUACUGGGCCAGGGCCAUUGGAUACCGACAGCACAACAGGGAGGCUGUGGGAGGGUUUUUCUCCCAGAUUGGCAAUCUUUACAUGGUGCAUCACCUCUGGGCUUACAAAGACCUUCAGUCCAGAGAAGACACGAGGAACGCUGCCUGGCAGCAUGAGGGGUGGGAUGAGGCAGUGUAUUACACAGUUCCUCUUAUUCAGCAUAUGGAUUCCAGGAUUAUGAUUCCAAUGAAGGCCUCCCCGUUGCAGUGACGUGAAAAGCCAGCUGGAAGCUUGGAUCAAAAAUAGAACCCCUUAAAAUGUCACAUCCAUCCAAAAACUCCCUGCUGUGGUCUCAUCGUCUUGUCAAUGUUGCCAGCCAACACUCCCUCUGCUGAUUUUUUUUUUUUUUUGCUUGCCUUUGCACUAGCUGACAAUUUUAGUACUUCAAACCUAUAAACUGUUAGUCUGAAAUGUUUCUGUUGCUAAAUACUCAACCUAUCACAGUAAAACAGGAACCAAUAGGCCUUGAGAAUACAGUUUUUGUUCACAAAAACAAUCUUUUUCUAACCUCCUGAUAGUCACAUAACCCAGAAGUAUGUCCAGCAUGCUUUGCCGCAUUAGAAAUGGCUGAGAGAGAAAGCUUUGAUCUAAUUUUAGAGUCAGCUGAAGUGUUGCUUAAUAAAAGCAGUGGGGGAAGGGGCAAAGACAUGGCAAAGUACUGCUUUUGCUCACUGUACAGUGCAAUUGCUAUUUAUUUAAAUAAUGUAAAUAUUGAAUAAAUUGAUUAGAUCAAUUACAGGUGUAUUUCAAAUCUACACCUUCUGUAUAUGUGAGCAAUGACAUUCUUGAGCCGAGAGAAAGAGGACUGUAUAUUCUCUGGAUAGGAUAUAGUUCUGUUAUAAAGCUAGUAAUUUUUAGCACAGCAGAUGUUUUAAAUGUGUUGUAUGAAUUCAGUGUGUGAAUUUCAUUGAGGUCUACUAUCCUUUUUUCUUCUUUUUUUUUUUGUUCCAAAGUGUUCAUAGUAAUGGCAUUUUGUGGCCGUUGUUCCUGAGGUUUCCCCGACAUUUGCCAUAAGCUUGAUGUUUUGCUGUACUGUGUUGGUGAAUGUGGCUUUUACUUUUUAUUUGUGAUGACUGCAUGCCCAGUCGGUAGAAACAUGUUCAAUAUAAUAUAACAUGUUUUAGUGGGGCAUAAUGAUCAAUUACUCUCAGCAUGAAAGCACUGGUCGCAAUCAUCAACAACUGUUGUUAUAUACACACUCAUGUAGUAUACUGUUUUUCAGAGAUGUCAUUGUUGACAUGGGCAUGCUUUUUCCAAAGGACAAUUCAUGGGGAAC